AUGAGGCCAGAUGCAGAAGCCACGCAAGAAGAGAGAAGAAGGGAGAGAAGGCCUCCUCUCCUCGCCGUAACUUUUGUUAGAAAAGUGGCGAGCUUGGAUUACACUAUCGGCAUCGAAGAAUUGUGCAAUCGGAUCUACGGUGGGGUGUUCAUGAAUCCUAACAAACUGAAGUUCUGGGUCGACCAAGAUCUCGAAAAGCAUUGCUUCUUGUUGCUUGCGCAAGAGUUAUCCCUCACUUGGAUCGACAAUGAGCAAUACUGGGGUUGGAUCGACCAGAAGGAAAAAUGUUUUAGCGGCGAAGUAGACAUACCCGCGGCAGAGCUGUUGGAAGUAUGCUGGCUAAGUAUAUGGGGCAAGUUUAAGACGAUCAUGCUCUCUCCGAAGACUCCAUAUGAGGUCGCAUUCGUUGUCAAAAUGAACGAAAAUAGUAGAGGGUGGCAUGCUCCAGUGAACCUAAGUCUCACCCUACCGGAUGGAACCACGCAGGGACGUAUCGAGAAUUUGGAGGAGAAACAGAAGGGUGGAUGGAUAGACAUCCUCGCUGGUACAUUCAUGACGAAUCCGAAGAAUGUUGGUGAGAUAAGCUUUUCCUUCUCCGAAACGGGUGGUCAUUGGAAGUCCGGAAUCCUCAUCAAAGGUGUCGUCCUUCGACCGAAAGAUUAG